CCCCUCCUCCUCAUCUUCCUCCUGACCCCCAUCUCAACCUCUUCCUUCUCUCAUACCCUGACCCCUGACCCUUGACCCCUUUGGUCAGGAUGAGCUGGUUGAGCCGGCUGACCCCUCGAGGUCCGGGGAGCAGGUCCAGUAGGAACGUGGCCCCGUCCAGCCCCUGUACUGCUGACCCAGAGACCUGCCUCAUGGUGUUUGAGAACCACUGGAGACAGGUGUCCUGGGUACUGGAGCAGCGGGAUUCGUCAAGCUCUAGUGAUGACCUCACCGCGGUGCGGAACCACACCGACCAGAUGCUGUGCCUUCUGGCCGAGGAGCGACCGGGGGAGUGUGAGGGGCCCGGUAACGUUCCCCCCGUUGGCCCCAUCCUGGACCUGGUGGUGUCUGAGAACGUCCUGGAGCGUGUGGUGCAGUGGCACCUGAGGCGCGGCCUGGACCCCGACAGCCAGGGGGCGCUACUCAAGCUGUUUGAGAUGCUGAUAGGCCAGUCUCAGCAGCCACUGCUCCAACACAAGGCGGUGCUGCAGCCUCUGCUGGGCCUGCUGGGGGCCUGUGCUGAGCCUCAGCUGGGCUGUCCUCCCUCUCUGGAGAACAGCCUGGUGCUGCUGCUCAACCAGAUCUGUGUGUCGAUGGCGCGUGCUCCUGCGGUGUUGGAGCUGUUGUUCAGGACAGUGCCGGCCCAACAGGGUCCAACCAACCUUCUCAUCUUCUCCCUGCUGGUCCCCUUCAUCCACCGUGACGGGGCCAUCGGACAGCAGGCCCGCGACGCCCUCCUCCUCGUCAUGGCAACCUCCGCCAGCAACCAGAACGUGGCAUGCUACAUCGCAGAGAACUCCUACUUCUGCCCGGUGCUGGCCACAGGCCUGAGUGCUCUCUACUCCUCCCUGCCGAGGAAGAUCGAGGUACGGGGCGAUGACUGGCACGCUCUGCGGAGGGAGGACUGGAUGGGCGUUUCCUCUCUGGUGCUCUUCAUGAACUCUCUGGAGUUCUGUAAUGCUGUCAUUCAGGUGUCACACCCUCUGGUGCGCAGCCAGCUGGUCGACUACGUACACAACGGCUUCCUGGUCCCUGUCAUGGGACCCGCCCUACACAAGUCAUCUGUAGAUGAGAUGAUAGCCAGUACAGCCUACCUGGAUCUGUUCCUGCGCAGCAUCACGGAAACGGCUCUCCUUAAAACCUUCCUGCGCUUCAUCCUCAUGCAUCGCCAUGACAACGACACCAUCCUGGACACGUUGCUAACGCGCAUCAGCAGCAACUCAAGGCUGUGUAUGGUGUCUUUGAGCCUAUUCAAGACUCUGCUCUCUCUCAACUGUGAAGACCUCAUGUUGCAGCUCGUUCUCAGGUAUCUGCUGCCCUGUACCCAUGUGAUGUUGAGUCAGAGGCGUGCCGUCAGGGAGACAGAUCUCUAUGGUAAAUCAGCUGACAAGUUCCUGUCCCUCAUCCCAGACUGCUGCCGCCUUAGCACACUGCCCUCUGCUGAGCAGGAGGAAGAACCCGCCCUUUGGGGGAAAGUCCUGAACAGUCCCAGCUCAGAGUCUCCAGUACACCACAAACCCAGCACUCCGUCCCGCUUGGCCCUCUUCAUGCGCCAGCAGAGCACUGGGGGAGGGCCCUCGUCCCCCACAGAGACGAUCCCCUCGUCGCCUGGCGCCGGCCCCAACACCCCCCUGUCCCCAGACAGCCCCAUGCACCCCGUCCCAGAGGGGCUGGACUGGGAGUCUGGGUACCUGGAGUACCUCAGGGACGCCCGUAGGGGGGUAGAGCUGUGCUCCUGGGCCUGCCGGAACUGGUCAGCCCCCUACGACGGCGAGGACCCCUCACCCAACACUGCCCCUCUACCGCCCCCCACCUCCAACCCCUCCCUGGCCUUGUUCCCAGAGCACUUCUCAUUCCAGCAGGGAGGAGGAGGUGGAAAUGGAGGAGGUAUUAACUCCCCCGGCCAGCAGAGGGCAGCGGUGGUGGCAGCAGCGCGGUCAGAGUGGAGCAGUACAGAGAGGGACAGUGGAGAGUGGGACGUCACCAUCGGUAAGAACAGCUGUAUCAGCCUCACACCCCGCACCAAGAAACGCAGCCUGCAGAGAGAGGAGGUCCCCCUCCCCAAACCUCUCCUUCUCCCUCCUGAUUCUGCCCCCUCCGCUGACCCCCACCUCCACUCCGCCCCCACCAAGGGCCCUCAGCAGGCCGUCUUCAACGGGACGUCGUUGGGGGGGCAGGGGGACGGGUGUAUGGACAGCCAGGAUGGAGGGAUGAAGGUUAAGAAGGUGAAGAGAGAAUUGGGUGAGCAGCGGCACCCUGCUGGGGGGGACUCUAGUCAGAAUGGGGGCGUGGGUGCCUGCCCUACCCAGGCCCCUACCCCUGCCCAGGGCUUCUACAGUGAAGGGAAUGGGAGUGGGGCUGCGGAAAGCUCCCGAGGUCUUCCACCACAGAAACAGAGUCCCGCCCAGCAUCAGCCUGCUCCACUGCCUUCAGAACCCCAUACCAACUCCUCCAACGACAGGCUUACUCCCCACGCAGCAGCACCCGGCCCUGGAUCGGGACCUCCAGAUGCAAUGCUCUCUAACCAGUCAGAAGCAGUGGAGCGGCUGAUCUCUGAGCUCCUGGAUGGGGCUGGGCCGGGGGAGGGGGGGCAGCAGGGGCCUGGGGACUCCAACGGCCAGGGCAUCAGCAUCGAGGCCUUCACCCAGGAGCUCCGGGAGCUGGAGGAGAGGGUGAGGGAGAGGAGCAGAGGGGCGGGGCUUCUCAGACAGCUGGAGGAGACCACCAGAGACCCCCACUCAGAGGAACCACCGCCGCCCCCCUCGCCCCUGGACGCUGACCUGGUGGGGAGCGGGGUAGGGGCUGGAGCAGAGCCCAAGGGAGAGGGGUCAGCUGUGGGGGUGUUCAGCCCUGCCAGGCCUCUAGGACAGUCAUCCUCUCAGCCCUACACAGGUCCGUUUAUGGUGGUUCUGUUUGCCAAGCUGGAGAACAUGCUCCAGAACUCUCUGUAUGUGAACAUCCUGCUGACAGGGAUUCUGGGCCAGCUUGCUUGCUACCCUCAGCCCCUGCUCCGAUCCUUCCUCCUCAACACCAACAUGGUGUUCCAGCCCAGCGUCAAAUCUCUCAUACAGGUUCUGGGCUCAGUGAAGAACCGCAUCGAGAUGUUUGCUGCGUCCCAUGAGGACUUCCCUGCCAUGCUGAAGAAAGCCCAGCGCUACCUGGCUGCCAGGGGAAAGGUGGACUGGGCCGACUCACCCAUGGGGGUGCCCACCCUGCGACGCUCUGAUUCCCUGGUGAAGAGCCGGAAACCCUCGCUAGGCGACCUGAUCCUUCGCCACACCAACAGCCCCACGCGGGCACGCCACGCCGCCCAGCUCGCCCUGGCCCACGUACGAGACGGCGGCCAAUCGCUGCACAGCGCCCUGUUCCGGGGCGGGGCAGGGGCGUCGGGGCUGGAGAAGCAGGCGGAGGCUCUGAGGGUGAAGAACGCCGUCUACUGCGCCGUCAUCUUCUCCGAGUUCCUCAAGGAGCUGGCCGCUCUGGCCCAGGAGCACGCCGUCUCCGUGCCCUUCCUCCAGAGCCACGACACUGAGGAGUGACAUUUUAAAAGGUUGCAACCCAAUUUUCAACCCUCCUCCCAGAAGAGUGGACUUGCACACACUCCCUGUCAUGGAUUGAAAAGCAUUGGAUUGGUGUAAGCAUUGUCUGGAGGGAGUUCCUUUCCACCCGUUGUUAAAAUAUAUUGUACACGAGGUCUGGGGCCUGUAUCCACAAAGCGUCCUGAGUAGAAGAGCUGAUCUAGCGUCAAUUUUGACUUUUAGAUCAAUAAUGAACAAGAUUGUAUGGAUAGAUUCUAGAUCAGCACUCCUGCACCGAGAGGCUUUCACCCUGACCUCAUGGUGCAGCUACCAUUUACCCCCGUCUGCCUGCAGGGGGCAGAGUGGACCACUGACUGGGCUGAGCGCUGCGGUGAAGAGACGAGAGAGGGAGAGGGGGGGGGGACACGGUUCAUUCGGACAAUGAGAAAACAAGAAGGGAAUUUCAGUUUUUGUAUGGAAAAAGUAUAUAUGAAAUGUUAUGAUACUGUGCAUAUCAUGUAUAUAAUAUUUAUGUGGAUAUAUAUAUAUUAUACACACUAAAUGUCAGUAGAUCUGGAGAGUGGUCUGUAGUGUACAUACCAUGCCAUAGCAGGGUGGCAGCAUAGAGCAUUCAUACAUUCGUACAUGGUGCUGAGUCACCUCUUUCCACUCUCCCCUCUCUAGUGAAUGAUGCUCAUCAGACUUUUUCAAAGGAGAACAAGGUUAAAGCUUCCGUCUUUUUAGAAAAUCUGACAAAAAGACCCACAACUUUUGAUUUUCUCCGUUCGGUACAGAAUUUGCAGAGCGCUGAAACUGGUUAGUAAACUCUGCUACUCAGCUCUGACCGUCUCGACUGUAUAGUUGUGAUAUUAUUAUAAUUGUGGACACAACAGGAAGGGAACCGGCCAAUGGGCUCAGCAUCUCAAGAAGACACCUUUUUUGUUUUUAAAUGCGUCACCUCAGCUUGGGAGAUUUAACAGAGGGAGAGAAGGAGAGAUGGGGGAGGGA